GUGAGCCGGUAGCUCCCCGCUGCUGAAGCAGAAACUAGCAUCAGGUGAUUCCUGCUGGUCAGCUGAUCUGCCGUAGACAUCUUUACGAGUCACGACUGCGGAGAUUAAUUCAGACCGUAUCCUUUGUCAUUUUCAGGCCUCGGUGGACCUUUAACAGCGGUGACCAUGGCGCUCAGCGAUGCCGACGUUCAGAAGCAGAUCAAACAUAUGAUGGCCUUCAUCGAGCAGGAGGCCAAUGAGAAGGCAGAGGAAAUUGAUGCAAAGGCAGAGGAAGAGUUCAACAUUGAGAAAGGCCGACUGGUCCAAACCCAGAGGCUGAAGAUCAUGGAGUACUACGAGAAGAAAGAGAAGCAGAUUGAACAGCAGAAGAAAAUCCAAAUGUCAAACCUGAUGAACCAGGCUCGACUGAAGGUGCUGAAGGCCCGUGAUGAUAUGAUUUCAGACAUGCUGAACGAGGCUCGCCAGCGGCUCGCUAACAUCGCAAAAGAUCCAGCCAGGUAUUCGGCUCUGAUGGACGGAUUGAUCCUGCAGGGAUUCUAUCAGCUGCUGGAGACCAAAGUGACCAUCCGCUGUCGUAAACAGGACGUUCAGAUGGUGCAGGCUUCCAUUCAGAAGAACAUCCCCAUUUAUAAAGCAGCUGUGAAGAACAACCUAGAGGUCCGGAUCGACCAGGACAACUUCCUCUCCUCAGACGUGUCUGGAGGUAUUGAGAUCUAUAACAGUGAUGGGAAAAUUAAAGUGUCCAACACCCUGGAGAGCAGACUGGACCUAAUGGCUCAGCAGAUGAUGCCGGAAAUUCGAGUGGUUCUCUUCGGCGCCAACCCCAACCGCAAGUUUUUGGAUUGAGUCCCGUGUUUGAGAAGAAACACUUAUUUUUAUUUUGUACAUGUCAUGGAAGAUAUCAUUCCUUUGUCUGUGAAACGGAAUUGCUGAUGCACAUAAAGACGUGUUGUUUGUGUGAUGUAUUGCUGUUUGUCUCCUGACGGCGGCGCUCGCCGCAGCUGUGGGGACGGGUUCAUUCUCUGUGGUCUGUUUACAGCGAAGGGUCAGGAUGUUUAACAGGUUCUACUCUAAUUGGAUCACUUCAUGACAAAAACAGCUUCUGUGUCACGGUUUCUGCUCAUUAUGUAAACCUGUCAGCACAUUAAAAGCUGCAUGGGCCAUUGUGUAGCUAAUGGGUGUCUGCUCCAACCUAUCACAGACAAAUAAAUGGUCUCCUAGAAACGAAACCAAACCCCGUACACAACCUUAACGACUUAAUUUAUCGGUGUUACAUCAAGUGUAAGUUCUUCUUGAAAAGUGAGCGAUAUCAUUCCAGACGAUGUGCUGUUUGUAUAUGAGGUUUCCAGAUUAAAUUAUGUUGGUGUGCUUGUUUUUUUCUCUUGUUUCUGUUUGUGAUCGUCUCCAACUGAAAAAUGUUCAAUGAGUAAAUGUAUAAACAACAUAAAGACGUCUAAAUGAUUAGCC